UUUGGAUAUUAAUCACUUACAUGAUUGGUUUAAUAGUGAUCGAAUAAUGCCGGAUAUUACUGACGAAGAUCUUAUUAUUGAAGUGCAAAAUAUGUUUUCUGAUACUAGAGAUGAGAAUCGUCGAAAAGCUACAGUUGUACCUUAUAAUGAAGAAGUUCCAAGUAAAAAAUGUAAAAGCAAAGAAGAUCAAAACCUCUGCAGAGAGAAUGAAUUCGUAGAUGUAAAUAAUCUUAGUUUUGAUAAUCAAUCAGAGAGUGCAAACAAUGAAAUAUCUUCAUUACCAGUGGAUUUAAAUUCAAUGAGUCCUACUUCAAGUAUGAAUGAUUCGACAAUUGAACAAUCAAAUGAAGAAAAAAAUGAGAUUUUAACUUUGUCAAAGGAACAUGAAAAUAAAAUUGUUAAUGAAUCUGUGGAAUAUAAAGAACAAAAAUCCGAUAAGGCAAAUGAAGUGGAUACAUUUUGCGAGAGACUAGCAGUGAGUUUGAGACGAUUACCACCGAAAACACGAUCUAGGGUCGAGAUAAAUAUAUUAAAGGUACUUUACGAAGCCGAAUUUGGAGAAAAAUUUUAAGAAGAGUGUUAUAUUAUUUUUUUAUAAAAAUUUAUCUUAUAUUUGUAAAUUUUAUAUUAUUGAUUAAAAAAAAGAAGUUGAAUUAAAAAAUUUCUACUUAUUUUUU